AUGUCCCAACCCGCUCCAAAACGCCGAGGCCGUCCCCCGAGGAAAGUGCCACAGACGGAAGAGGAGCGGCUCGCCUCGCAACGCGCGCGAUCGCAACGAUACUACCAACGACAACACGGACAAUCUGUUGAUUCCCAACGCGUCGCCGUUGGAUCGCAGAAUGCGGAGUUUGUGUAUCAUUACCAACCCCAUCCACCUGCUCUACCAUCGACUACGAACCCCGUUAUUGGCCUCCACCUAGAGCCGCAUCUUAACAUACCAACACCUUUAGAGCAAGAUGUAGUAGCCGAGCCCACUUGUGCGGGUGAGGCGGACACGGACCCAACAGCGGCACCAACGUUGUGGAAUCCACCUGUCUGGAACCAUCACGAGAAUUCACGGGCCACACGGUCGAGUUUAGAUGAUGCACCCGAAGAUAACUACAAUCCGUUAUUCGAGGACUCCCAAAUACAACUCGAGCUUAUAUCACAAGGACAAGACAAUACAGGAGAUAGCUACGACGCGGUCAUUGACAGGGGCGAAGCCAAUUCUCCGCAGCUCGAAGCUCGAGACGAAGAGCUGCAGGAUUUAGUUGAUAAGGUUCAGCAGUUACUCAUCACGACGUCGCCAGACAGCGAGGCAAUAAGGAGGGAUAGUGACGAUGGUCUGGCAGAAAAUACGGUCGAAUCACCAGUAGCUUCCGGCUCAGCGUUUUUGCAGGGCGAUGUGAGAUCCUCGACUCCACAACCUCAAGGCUCUGCUCGGUUAUCACGUAGAUCUGAUGAAGCCCAGGGACGAAGCCAUGCGACAUCAUCCUGCAACGCCGUCAUCGCAGUUACGAAAUACAAGUACGUUGGAUAA